GUCUAUACCAGUUGGAAAGCGCAGAGCGGGCGCAGCAGCACGCGUCUGUGGGUUUGUGGCUGGCGCGCUUGGGCAGGCCAGGCGCUGCCGCUCCGCCACUGCCGUUCCCCGCAUGAGGUGCUCGGGAGGGUAGAGGAGAGGCGCGAAAGAAGAUGAUGGACGACAUGGGCAUGAGCGGGUCGCUGGGGGGCGGCCUGUCCGGCGGCCUGUCCGUGUACGGCGGCGGCGGCAUGGACUCGCCGCUCGACGGCGACCUGGGCAUGGCCGCCCAGCUGCUGCCCGGCCCGGACCUGCACUGGAUGUACCAGCCGCACUCGCUGCAGCAGCUGCCGCAGCACCCGCAGCUCUCCAGCAAGACGCUCAAGGAGCAGCGCAUCCGUCGGCCCAUGAACGCCUUCAUGGUGUGGGCCAAGGUGGAGCGGAAGAAGCUGGCCGACGAGAACCCGGACCUGCACAACGCCGACCUCAGCAAGAUGUUAGGCAAAAAGUGGCGCAGCCUGACGCCGCAGGACCGGCGGCCGUUCGUGGAGGAGGCGGAGCGGCUGCGCGUGAUCCACAUGCAGGAGUACCCCAACUACAAGUACCGGCCGCGGAGGCGCAAGGUCUCGAAGCGCGCGGGCGGGCCGUCCCCGCCGCACGGCACCGCGUCCCCGCCCACGCCCCACGGGCCGCCGCCCACCCCGCGCAGGACCCCGCCCUCCGCCUCCGCGCCCCUCAAGACCUUCCAGCAGCAGUACGGCGGCUACCACGUGACGCCGUCGUCGCUGUCGCCCUACCACGGCUACGGCAAGUACACCCCGCUCAUGCACACGCCCGAGGCGUCGCCGACGGGCAGCCCCGAGCCGGACGCGCUGCGCCUCGCCAUGAACCGGGGGCACCCGGACAACCACCCGGGCUCCCCCGCCGCCCAGCAGCAGCAGCACCAGCAGCAACAGAAACAACAGCAGCAGCAGCAACAGCAGCAACAGCAGCAGCAGCAACAACAACAGCAGCAACAGCAACAACAGCAGCAGCAAGCCCAGUCAGCGCAGUCGCAAGGAGGUGGAGGCCCUUCCCCAGACGGCGGAGGGGGCGGCGGCUCGUCCAAGGCCGAGGACGUGAGCACCUCCGCGCUGCCCACGCCCGAGAUGUCCCCCAUGGAUCAGGACAAGGACAACUUCCAGUUCAGCAAUGGUGGUGGCGGCGGCGGCGGAGGCAAGGCGGCCAAGGAGGACCCCUCGACGGCGAGGAGCAACUGCGCGCCUUACCGGACGCCGCCCGGCAGCGCCGCCUUCCGGCAGUACUCACUGUCCUACAAUCAACAGCAGCAGCAACAGCAGCAGCAACACCAACAGCAACAGCAACAGCAGCAGCAACAGCAGCAACAGCAGCAGCACGAGGGGUCUGCUUACCAGCAGCACCAGUCCGCAAUAGCAGCCAUGGGUAUCUCCAACGGGAUGAUGUUGAUGUGCUCCAACCAAAGAUUAUUAGGGUCGACGUACGAACACUCGGGGCUAGUGACGGGGACCUUCUACCCGCCCGUGGCCUCCUCCCAGGACCAGCAGUCCCUCCACUACUCGCGCUUCACGCCGACCUCUGCCGCGUCCAACACUCCCAGCUACGGCGCGGCGUCCCCCGCGGGCGGCGGCGGCGGCGGUGGCACCCAGACGGUGUCGUACGGCGCCUCGUCUCCCGGCGUCGUCACGCAGACCGUCUCGUACGGAGCGGCGUCACCCGCCGCCGGCAGCGUCCCCUACGGCGCCCCGUCGCCGGCCGCACCCUCCGCGCCGUACGGCGCCCCCUCACCGGCCGCGCCCGCCGCCUCGUACGGCAGCGCGUCGCCCGCCGCGGCCGCGGGCAGCUACGCGUGCCACUCGCCCGCCGCGCAGGACUACCCAGGAAACGUGCUGGUUCACGGUUCUCCGAGGUACAGUCAGCCCCAGCAGCAGCAGCAGUCCCAGCAACAGCCACAGCAGCAGCACGCCUUCAACCACGACGUGACCAUGGACGAAGACGCCCAGCAGCAACAGCAGUCCUCAGCCCAGCAGCAACAACAGCCCUCGGCGCAGCAGCAACAGCCGCAACAGCAGCAGCACGAGGACGAGGUGACCGACUCGGACUUCGAGAAGUACCUCAAGUAUUCGGCCCAGCUCCACAACCACCAGCAGCAGCAUCAGGCGACACACAUGCCUCCUAUGGACUCUAACCACAACUACCACCACCACCACUCCCAGCUCGACCAGCAGCAGCUGUACUACCACCACCACCUGCAGCAGCAGCAGCAGCAGCAGCAGCAACAGCAACAACAUCUUGGGCUGCAGCACGGAAUCAUGUCGCACACGGACGGCUACGGGGUCUACAUCAAGACGGAGCCCGGCGGGGGCCCACUGCACCACCUCUCCAGUCCUUACGACCACCAGCAGCAGCAACAGCAGCCGCAACAACAACAUCAACAGCAGCAACAGCAGCAGCAACAACAGCAGCAGCAACAACAGCAGCAGCAGCAACAGCAGCAGCAGCACUGCCCAGUCUUGUACGACCAGUCUCUGGCGCCUCAGCAGCAGCACCCCAUUCAGGGGCAAAAGCCUGACGAGGAAUUCAGCGUCAUCCUGGCGGACGUGCGGAAGACGUGCUAUAGCAGCUGAUAAAGUGAUCUCGUGUAUAUUAAGAUGAAGAAUUAUUACUAUUGUUAUUAUUUUUAUUAUUCCGUCAUAACUACUACUGCUUUUAUUUAAAACCUCUUGAACUGCGAUAUUUAUUUUAAAACGAUCCCGCUGCCUUUCCCUUCCCAGUCCAGUGUACAUAAUUGUGAUACAUAUCCGGUGUUUGGACGGCCUGAAGUGCGCCGCCCCCUACCUCUUAGUUGGCCACACCGCGAAGUGUGCAAGCCCGGCCGCGUACCAAAAAGUCGCUUGCGUUGCCAAGCAAGCUCAACUCUUGGUUUGGCCUAUGUCUGGCAAAGGGAUCCCUCUAGAGUUUUUCCAUUUUGAAGACUGAUUUCCCUCUCGUUUCUCUAGUGCUGCCUUGAAGUUGAGGUCAUGGGGUUAUGCGUCGAACCUAGUCGCCUGGUUUCAGGUGCUGGACUGCUCAAUGUAAAAAGCAAAACAAAAAACAACAAAAACGUUAACGUCACGUUUUUAUAUGUGUUGGGAAUGUUUAGGCUUUUGUGAUCAUGUAUAUGUGAUUUUUUGAACAAUGCGACACAUUUUUUUUCAAGUGAUAAUGAUCAAAGUAUUGACCCUGAUGUCUUCCAUACUCAAUUCAUCAUUUCAUGCGUAUGUCUUUGUACAUAUUAUGACAUCCAACAUACAUGUAAAUAGAUUACUACCCAAGAGUUUGCGGUGUGCCCGAUUUCAUGUUCCAAAAACCAAGGAAUUAAAUGUGUUUCAAAUGUUGUAUAUUUUGUUAGUAAUUUGUCUACUGUUGUUGUAAAUUGCAUUGAAAAGGUAAUUUAAAUAUUUUCUGCAGAGUAUAUUUAAAGAUUGUUAAAAUUCUAAAAUCCAAUUAAUGUACAUAUAUUUUAUGAAUGAACAUAGAUUUAUAAUGAGUUAAGUAUAUACCACGCGUUGAACGUCGCACCAGACCAGCACGAUACCGGUUUUAAUUGAUAUUACGAAAAUGUAUAUUUUUUCUUGUGCUACAAAUUUUUAUUGUUAUUGACCUUACUAGACCGCACUGUGGCUCAGGCGCAAAUUGUAUAUGAUCUCGCCUGUCUAAUUUGACUAUCAAAGACUUGAGGUCACAGCCAACCCGGCUGGACCGCUUUUUGUUAUCAGUAGAAAUGUGCAGUUAUGAUGUACAAAGUCGUGUUGAUAAUGUUGCAAUGAGCCUGCGCCUGACGGCUCGACAAUCCUAAUAAAGGACGACAGCAUAAGAGA